CUGCAUAAUCUCCUUCCUCUUCUCGAUCUUCAUUUCCCUUCUGUGGUUUUUCACAGAGCCCGUGUUGCUAUUGCUGCAGCAGGAUCCCGAUGUAUCGAAAACCGCCGCCCGGUAUGUGAAAUUUCUGAUCCCUGGGCUGUUCGCUUAUGGGUUUCUGCAGAAUGGUCUGAGGUUUCUUCAGGCACAGUCGGCUGUCAUGUUGCUGGCUGUGCUCUCUGCAAUCCCACUGGUCCUUCACCUUGGUGUUGCUUAUGCUCUGGUGAACUGGACAAGUUUGGGGCUGGAGGGAGCUUCUUUGGCUGCUUCCAUUUCAUUGUGGGUGGCACUCUUGGCUGUGGCCAUUCAUGUGUUUAAGUCUGAGAAGUAUGAGCUCACAUGGGGAGGAUUCUCUGUUGAAGCUUUUAGUUACAUAUUUAUCAACCUGAAACUUGCUUUGCCCUCUGCUGCAAUGGUUUGUUUGGAGUAUUGGGCAUUUGAGAUUCUUGUGUUCUUGGCUGGAUUGGCUCCAAACUCAGAAAAAAAUACAUCUUUGAUUGCAAUUUGUGUAAACACAGAAGCCAUCGCCUACAUGAUCACAUAUGGACUCAGUGCAGCUGCAAGCACAAGGGUUUCGAAUGAGUUGGGGGCAGGCAACCCUGUGAGAGCAAGACAAGCCAUGUUUGUCACUCUUCUGCUUUCAAUCCUUCUAGGCCUGGCUGUUGUUCUUCUGCUGGCGUUUGGCCACAACAUCUGGGCUGGCUUCUUCAGUGAUAGUCCUGUGAUUAUACAAGCCUUCGCCUCCAUGACUCCCCUUCUCGCCAUUUCCGUGCUUGCAGACUCCGUGCAGGGCGUUUUAUCAGGGGUGGCCAGAGGAUGUGGUUGGCAACACAUGGUUGUGUUUGUAAACUUGGCAACAUUCUAUCUUGUUGGCCUUUCAACAGCAAUCUUUCUGGAGUUCAGGAUGAAACUUUACGCCUCGGGAUUGUGGAUUGGGUUAAUCUGUGGUCUAUCAUCCCAAACUUUGACCCUAUUGAUAUUAAUAGUUCGCUCAAACUGGACAAGGAUUGAGCUCUUAGAUCAUCAAGGGAAACAAAAUCCAGCUUUGGCUUGAUUCAUGAGACUAGACAAGAAAUUGCAGAAGAAUUUGGGAUUUUCAAGAGCAAUAAAUUAGGAUGACAACAAUUUCAAUUUGGAAUUUAAGGAAAAUAAAGAUUUGGAUUUUGAUUAAUUAGUGGUAUUUCGAAGUAUGCUUCAAAAUUUGUAAUAUAUUGUAUCAUAUUGUAAAUGGGAUGGGAAUUACAAUUCAUAAGCAUGGUGUUUGUUUAGAAUCAUUGAGCUAUAUCAAGUUGACACAUAAUUAAUUUAUAUAUUUUUCUGGGUUA